UAUAAAAAAACCGUCGGGCUUCCUUUAAAAAAAGUAUAAAACAAAACAUUUCUCUUACAUUUCUUCUUAAUACCGGCAAUAACCAAGGAGAGAAAUUAACAGAGAAAAGGGCUGUCAAUGGCUGGAUGGUCGAUGGUAGUAGCAGAAGAAGAUGCCUCAGCCGCCGUCGAUUUCUUCAAAACUCCGAAGAAUCCCGAAGCCGUCAACAUCAACGAUCUCGUCUCCUUGUUCCAUCGAUUGCUCGAAUCGUUCCUGGUGGAGUUUUGCUCGGCUGAUAGUUUCCGACCUCUUCCUCCGAUGACCGGCGACGGGAGAGUCGUGGAUUUGUUUAAUCUUUUCCUCAGUGUUAGUCGAAGAGGCGGAUUCAAUGCCGUUUCGUGGGAAGAAGUAGCUCGAGAGUGUGGAUUAGGGUUGGUUAACGCAGCUUCUGCGAAAUUGAUCUAUGUUAAGUAUCUCGAUGCACUUGCUCGUUGGUUGAACAGAGUUGGUGACGAUGAGAGUAGCGUUGAGCUGUGUGGAGGAGUCUCGGAUGAUUUGAUUGCUAGGCUUAAAGAUUUUCUAUGUGAGGUUAAAAGGAAGUAUGAGCUUAAGUGGUUUGUAUCUAAAACGAAGAGAAGUUAUUAUGAUGAUGAUGAUGAUGAUAAGAAAGUUAUGAUGAGCCUUGACUGCUCUUUUUCGCCUGGGAAGAGAAAACGGGAGUGUCCUUUGGAGACGUUGACAUGGUUAAGGGAGGCUGCCAAGGAUCCUUGUGGGAUAUCUAUUGGUUGUGUGCCAGAUAGAUCGAAGUGGGAAGCUUAUGGAAGUGAAGAGCCGUGGAAGCAGCUUCUUUUGUUUAGGGGUUCAAGAACAAACACUGAUCCGGCUUGUCAGAAGAUUUGGCAGAAAAUCCAGAAGAUGCAUCCAUCUCUGUAUGAGGAUAGUGCUGGACCUAGUUACAAUCUGAGGGAGAGACUCAGAUUUAAUGAGAGUGGCUCGGCUUCAGACAGUUCAGAUGAGGAGGAUAGACCAUGUGCUCGAGUUGGCUCACAGUUUCAGGCUGAGGUACCUGAGUGGACUGGCGUCAACACCGAGAGCGAUCCAAAGUGGUUGGGCACUCGGGUCUGGCCGCUGAGCAAAGAACAAAGCAACAGUAAUCUUCUUAUCGAAAGAGAUCCUAUUGGGAAAGGAAGACAAGACCCUUGCGGUUGCCAGAACCCAGGUUCUGUUGGAUGUGUCAGAUUCCAUAUCAAGACAAAACAGGAGAAACUGAAACUUGAACUUGGUCCAGCUUUCUACAUGUGGUGUUUUGAUUCUAUGGGUGAAGGUACUCUGAAGUAUUGGACGGACUUAGAACUGAAGAAGGUGAAGCUGUUGAUGACUUCUCCACCUACACUUAGCGCAUCUUUCUUCAGCGAACUCAAGAGUAUUCUUUCUUCAAAGAGCAGAGAAGAGAUCGUGAGCUACUAUUACAACGUGACGCUUUUGCAGUUUAUGGCAAAUCAUAGUAGAAUGACUCCCGGUGAGGUAGACAGUGAUACUGAUCAAUACUACAACCUUGCACCAGGGAAUGGAGAUCCAACCAUCGAAGCAAACACAUCUCAGAAGCAUGUCCUGCUUACCCCUAAGAAAAAAAGACGUCGAUAGAGAGGAGCAGUCUCAUUUUUGUUCUUUCCCUUUUUGGAGGCAUAUCUAUUUGCCAUUGAAACUGCUUUAAACUCGUUGGGCGAAGGGUUCAUCAGUCAGUAACAUCGGCUCUGCAAAUUCUGGUUGUGUUUUCUAUGGUAGAUACUUCCAUCUCUCCAUUGUUUUGAUGCAAGAGUAUUCUUCUUUUUUUUUUUUUUGUGGUUGGCAUUGCUUACAAGGCUUUGUCAAAACUUUUGGGUACAGUGAAAUUUCGGAUUGGUUUGGUGAAUACAACAGAGGCAAAAUGUAAUUGCUAGU